UAGAUAGUUGGGAAAUAUCCUGCAAAUGCCAAAUAAAGAUAUCUAAUACGUCACUUUCAGGGAGCCAAUCGGAGAUGCAGAUACUUAUGCAUUAUGGUGAAGCUGUAAUUAAGAUGGCGACGGUCCUGCAUCGAAACCCCUGUGUUUUUAAGCGGUGCCAAGUCAGAAGAAGGAGAACAAUUAUGUAUUUUAGUGGCAGAGGAAACUUACAGUGAUGUUUUUUUUAAUUGGAUUUCUCUAAAAAGCACUUACAAAAGUUAUUUGCAUAGUUUUAUACCGUCGCCUACUGAAGUUAUCUACGGCUACAGAUACCCCAAACAAUGACAUAAAUGAAUUGAAGAAAUAUAAGAAAAGACUAGGAUAAGGCAUAAAAAGAUCGCGCGACAAUAAAUAGGAUUUUCCUUUUAAAGAGGCUGUACCGCUCCCACAGCUGUACAUGACUUUUAACUUAAUAUGAUUAACUUCACUAUGAUUAAUAGUAAUAAUACGUAACCCAGAGAUCAUUAUUUGCUUUUCAAAAUGAAUUACUGAACCAAUCGUGAUUUGAACCUGUGACCCAUUGCACAGAAGAAAGUCGCUGCACUACCAACUCAGCUAAACAGUAAUCUACAAGCACAUGGUUAAGUAUUGACAAGAGGCAGACAACACUCCAGAUCAGGCUCCAGAUGAUAAUAAUAUUGUUUCAAUACCAUCCUCUUCUGUGCUGGAAACUCAGGUCUAUGAUUUGGAUGUUGGCAUCAUGAGAUCGCUGAUAUCCCAAUCAGCUGGACCACUGACUUCUCUAUCUAUAUAUGAAUGGUACAGAAGAAGAAUGUAUAGAAACUGGCCACCAUGAUCAAAUAGAGCCUCAGGAAACAGGGGAAGGGGACAAGGUAGUGCAGGAGACCGAUGAAGAACAAGGGGGAGUAAUAGUUCAAGAGACAGGACAGGAGAAAGGGCAAGAGCCGGAGGGGGAAACACACGUAAGUUAUGAAGAUCAUUCGAUACAGGUGAAAAGAGAAAGAAUACACUCAAUUUUCAUGGAAGAGAUUACAUUAGAAGAAAAAUGUUUAAAAGUGAGGUGUUUGAUUACAUUGUGGUUUGAUUUGUGGGGUUUGGCAGAAGUUAUUUGGGAUUACAUUCCUGUUUUUCCAGACACCCUGUCAAAUACUUGGAGGCCCAACACCUUAAUAGAUACCAACAAAAAGUAUAAAGACUUUAUACCACUUUCCAUAGGGGAACGUACAGCUUACCAGUCCACAGCAAAUGGAAAUUGCAUUUAUAAUGCAGUGUCCAUUAUCCUCUAUGGAAAUGAAGAUAUGGCUGUGGUACUGAAGCUGGCUUCAGUGCUGAAAAUGGUGGACGAUAUAGUACCAUUUUCAAAAUAUAAGAAUUUAAAGAGAAAACUAUCUGUGGGUUAAAUCUACCCUGCUGCAGGUGAAUGCAGCCUCAACAGCAGAGGAGGUAGAGUAUGGAUGCCGAAAAGAGCUGGUCUCGACUAUUCAACAUCCAUACAGGGAAGGAACUGUUUUCCAUCUACAUCUAUUGUCCCAUUUAUUGUCACGUCCAAUACAACAGCACUGCAAAAAAAUACCAGCAGUACCUGCGACUGAUCCUGCCACCGUUGACACCCCCAGCUAGACCAUCAUUUUCACACUUGGUUUGGGUGCCUGCCAAUCCAAGAAAUGCUUUUGCAUCUAUCAACCAUGUGGUUCCAGCUGUCUGCUCAUUUGGGACCUUAUGGAAGCAGUAUUGAGGAUUGUGUGUUCCUUGGCCUUGGGUUGUGCUGUUUUAUGGUCAGCCACCACAAGGAUAUAACCCCAGGCUGGGUGGAAUGUACCCUUUGUGGACAGUGGGUUCAUGACACAUGCAUGGGUGUCACUGCAGCAGCCUUUAGCUUGCAGGAUGAUUUCCCAUGUGAAUGUGAUUGCCUGCAAAAUGGAGAGUUAAAACUGAAAAGCAUUGAAUACUACACAACUUUGCAGGUUAAAGACCUGGAUAUGGAUUUCAAUAUGAUAGUCGACAAAGUGGCACAAAUGCACAGCCUGAGAAAAGAGUUUUCCAGGGAAGCAAAUGGAAAAAACAAAUGGGCUUUGAGAAGUGGUCGGUUUGGUCCAUUUACAGACGAGUUUGUUGACACUGUGAAUACCAGUUUGAUCACAAAUGUUGGAGUAGAAAAGCUCCACCUUAUACCGAAUUUAUAUAUGCCUGAGGUUUGAUACAAGUUCUAUGUGAAAAAGAAGAAGUAAACAGGCUUGUGGAUGAACCUUGUUCUUCUGAGACAUAAAUCAUGAUAACCACUGUAUAUCAUUGUUACUUCCAUUUUCAUUUUCAUUUUUUUUUCUUCAAAAAACUUUUUAUCUGUAGAUAUUUGUAGCAAAACAUAUUGAUGAAAAACCUAUAUCUAAAGUGACGAUCCAUAUGUUUAAAUUUGUUUUAUGAUUUUUAAUCUCUAAUAUCUACUUUUUUAUUCGAAAAUAUUAAUCCUUAGCUGAAAAUGUCACUCAAAUUUUUCACACAAAACCUUUUUGGGAACCCAAUAAUUGAUAACAUAUAUAUGACUCAUUUUUGAUUCAGCCAUGCUGGAUCUAUGCGAUCACUCUGUUUUUGUAGAUGGUGAAGACUACUAAGUUGAAGACAUGAUAUAAAACUAAUUAUGUGUUUUUAUGACUUGCAGAAAUUUUCUGCACCAUUUUAAUCAUGAACUGUUCUUAAAUCAGGAAAAGAUUGGUCGAACAACCCUUUUAUUUUAGAUAUACACUUGCAUAUAGUUCCUUUGUAAAUCAAAAUUUAUAAUGAUUUACUAGUUAUGAAUUAAUUUGAAAAAGUAUUUGUACAUCAAUUGAAUCAGUUGAUAAGAAUUUUGAAAGUAUUAUAUUAGUAUCUUAUGCUUGUGUAAGUUGUUGUUCAAUGAAAUGUAGGUCAACAUCUGUAUUAAUAUAUAUCAGUUGAUUCCCACACUUUUUUUGAAAUGGUAUUACUCCAAUUUUUCCAAAGGCAAGUAAGAGUCAGUAUGAUUAUCAACUGUCAUGAAUUUUAAAUAAUUACAAUCAAAGGUGUAAGUAUUAAAUGGAAACGACCCCAGCCUUAAUUCACCACAGUUAAUGUCUCAUGACCUGUUACAUAAUUAAAUAGACACAAUUUAUUACACACCUAACUGAAUACACACAUUCUCAAUAGUAAACCUAAAAAUGUAUAUUUAUUUUAAUCUACAAUAAAAUAUUCUGUUAGUUUAUGCUAGCUAGCUGAAUGAUUAAUCAGAUGUGGGUUUUUUUCAAAGAAAAGACAAAAAAUUCAAAAAAAUAUGUAUCAAAAUGCAAGCUAAUUUUAUUUCACUUGUAAUAUCAGAGUGUCAUUAUCAUCUGACAUAAGUCAAUAAUCAAGUUCAAAUUAAUUAGUUGCAAUUAUCAGAAAUUUGGUUGAAAUAAUAUACAAAAUUGCAUAACUCUUACUUGAGCAUUUUCUGCAAUAAAAUUUAUUUGUUUGUUCUCCAUUUAUAUCCCAUUAUAUUGCUAUUUAACAGUAAUUGGAAAUAUCUCAUCAUUAGGUAUUUGUACAUUCAGAUUUGAAUACAGGAAAUGUAUUUUUUCUUAAUGAAGAAUGAACACCAAUUAAGAUAAAAAAAUAGUUAUUUUUUUUAAUUUUUGUUGUUGAGAAAGUGCAUUUCUAAGGCCUCUUUCUGGAAAUUAUAAAGCCAGUUAUUAUAAAUGGCAUAUAAAAAAAUAUAUUAUUUGACGAUUUCCCUUUCCAUUCUUGUCAAAAAAAAUCUGACAGAGUCUAAAAUUGAAAUAUCAAUAUAUAUAUCAAUAUUUGCAUUAAUAUUUUUUUUUCCUUUGGAAAAUAACAUAGAAAUUUUACAGUAAGAUUGAAAAUGAAAAGAGAAGAAAAUAUUGAAAAAAGUAUGGUCAGAAAGAAUAUCAGACUAGCUAUAAAUACAAUGGCUGGAUCACAACAUCAACGAUGCUUUGAUUUCCAUUAUAGUUAAAAAUAUAAUUGUUAAAACUCUUGACUAUAAAAUUAAGUAAUUAUCUAAAUGCAGCAUGGAAAAUGAGAUGUCAAAUUAUUUCUUAACAUUGUAUCAUUUGUGUUGUUUUCUGCUGUUUAUCAUUGUGUAAUAUAUGUUUUGAUUGCCAUAGCAUGUAAAUGUUUUUUGCAAAUAAACUCAUUCAUUCAUUCAUUCAUUCAUUCAUAUUCAGUUUAAAUUUACAAGGUAGGAGUCAUAUGUGCGUGUAUAUAUUAAAGUUUAUGUCUAUUUUUUAAUUGUAAAAAUCAUUUGUCUAAUUACUAUUUUACCAUGAAUAAUACAGAAAAUAUGUUUUACCUGUUAUUAACUAAGUAAUAUGUAUUGUUCAAUGUCUACAAUCGUUGAAAUAGUUGAAAUUGACAGUGGUAUCUCAUUUAUAUUGACCAUAUAUUAUACAAUCAGUGAUAUAUCAUACAAGUACACACCAAUGUUUUAUGAAAUAACUAGUUAUUUACAUAUGUUAUAUUGCUAUUCAAAUUUGUUUUAUUUAUAAUAUAACUAUUAAUAAACAUCAGAAGCUUAGAUCUUAUUACUGUUAUUCCUAAUAGGAAUCCAUCAACUACAAUAACAUAAGAAAAUUUGUUGGAAAUGUUUUAAUCAAUUUUUUUCCAUCAAACAUGAUUAAUUAUAUUUAAUUAAUUAUAUUUCUUUGUAAAAUAUUGAAUUUUAAGUUUAGGACUGUUAGUUCAUCUGUUGGGCAUGUAUAAACUUUUUUUUUUUUAUAAUUAUGAAUAAAUAUUUUUUAAAUUUA